CGGGACCUCUGCGCAGAUGUGUGAGAAGAAGAGCGCAGCUCUCAGAGAGCAGGAAUAAAACCUCCACAGUCACGAAACACCGGAUCCGAAGAUGACCUUCAUCGGCGACAAACUCUACAACGGCUACCUGAGGAAGAACAUGGCGACCAUCGUCAGCCGCGUCAAGCCCAUCGAGAUCAUGGUGCACCUGCAGUGCCUGACGGAGCACGACCUGGAAGUGAUCCAGGCGAAGACGGAGACCCGGGGGAAGUUCGACGGGAUGCUGUGUCUGCUGGACUGUCUGAAGAGGAGGGAGCGCUGGCCCGAGCAGCUGGUCCGGGCCCUGGAGGCCUGCGGGCACAGCACCAUGGCCGCCGAGAUCCGGGCCGAGUACCAGGCUCUGCUGGGGCUCCACGAUUCCAGCUCCGGCUCUCCUCCAACGACGGUGGUCAGAGCUCACGUCCAUCCAGCUCCCUCUGAACAACCUCCGCAGCCUCCAGGGACCGCUGCAGCUGCUGCAGCUGCUGCAGCUGCUGAAGCUGCUGCAGCUGCUGAAGCUGCUGAAACUCCGAAAGCUGCAGCUCCUGCAGCUGCAGCUGCUGAAGCUCCUGAAGCUGCUGAAGCUGCUGAAGCUGCUGAAGCUGCUGAAGCUGAAGCUGAAACUGUUGAAGCUCCUGCAGCUGAAGCUGUCCAGACCCAUCCGUCUGUUGAGCUCGUCCUCCAGUCUCUGCAGACAGCCCGGACCGAAGUGGCUCCUCCUCCUUCGACACCUCCUCCGUCUCCUGAGACCCCCCGCUGGCAGGAGGCCCCCCGCUGGCAGGAGACCCCUGAUCCUCACCAGCAGCCGGAGGAGAACUCAGAGUUGGACAUCCAGCAGGUUCUGCCUGAAGGACACCGGGAACAACUGGGUCCAGGUCCGGAUCGUCUUCACUCGUCCUCCGUUGUGACCCCGGAGAAGCUUCCGGUCCAGGACACCACACCCCCCAUGGACAAGGUUCCUACUCAGGUUCCGCAGGCCGGGGACACGUCGGAACCCUCCACUGAACCGGUGUUUGAGCGCCGCCCGCUGACCGAAACCCGACCCGGGUCCAUCCCAGAACCCGAGGAGUCGGCGCUGCGGAUCCCGGUCCAGGAUGACCUCAGCGUCUGUCUGAGCAAACCUCAGCAGCUGGUCAGCAUCCGCCCCCCGACCCCGCCCGGCUCCACCCUCCCCGCCGCCGGCGAGCCGCAGCCCUACUCGGGGGACAGCGACCGUCUGGAACUGAGCCGGUCGGCGCCGGACGUGGUUCCCGCGGACACCGCCCUCCUCCGUCAGGAGAACGGCUUCGCCCGGAGUCCCGGAGAACCCGAGGAGAACCACUACGACCCCCCCACGCCCAGCAUGCAGGAGGUGCUGGUCAACGUGGUGCAGGUGAUGGAGGAGCCCUCCAUCCUGAACCUGGACGGCCAGACGGCGCCGCACCGCCAGCCCAACGGCGGCGUAGCCAGGGACACCGCGGUGACACCCCCGACGGCCCAGAGCCCCCCCGCUUCAGAACCCCCCGCCGGCCCAGAGCCCCCCGGCUUCAGAACCCCCGCUGACCCAGAGCCCCCCCGAUUCAGAACCCAGGCUGACCCAGAGCCCCCCCGAUUCAGAGCCCCCCCUGACCCAGAGCCCCCCCGAUUCAGAGCCCCCGCUGACCCAGAGCCCCCCCGAUUCAGAGCCCCCGCUGACCCAGAGCCCCCCCGAUUCAGAGCCCCCGCUGACCCAGAGCCCCCCGAUUCAGAACCCCUGCUGGCCCACAGCCCCCCCGAUUCAGAGCCCCCGCCAGCCAAAAGCCCCCCCUCUUCAGAACCCCAACUGGCCCAGAGUCGCGAAGACCAAGCUGCUCUGCAGACCCGGACCGCAGAGUCCUCCAGCACCAAGUACAUCCUGACGGCAGCCGGAGUCGGAGCCUGUGCUCUGCUGUUGGCCUGGAGGCUGAAGAACUGACAGGAUCCAGAUCCAGGAUCCAGGAUCCAGGAUCCAGGGUUCCACGUUGCCUUACUGGAGUCGCUGCACUGGAUAUUUUCAUCCUGACCUGAGUGACCAGCGACGCGUCGCAGCUUCUUUCAGCUUCUUUCAGCUUCUUUCAGCUUCUUUCAGCUUCUUUCAGCUUCUUUCAGCCAGUUUUAGCUUCUGCAUUUCUGGAACUGUUCACUGCUAAAAAACUGAUUCCACUGCGGUGGUUCUGGACUAGUGUGGUUUUGGACCUGGACUGCGGUGGUUCUGGACCUGGGCUACGGUCCUCCGUGUCUCCCUGUCAUGGGGGUCCGUGGGGUAGUGGGUGGUCCCUGACGCUCUCGUUGUAUUUAUUUGUAGAUAUUUCUGCUUGAAAGAAGUCGUUUCAGAACCAGAACCAGAGACCAUGACCCAGUAGACGGGGCGAGUCCUCCUGGGGGUUCAGGGAUUCUCCGCUCUGGGAUUCAGUCUCUUUCUGACGCUCUUCUAAUCAUGAGUGAGUGAAAUUAGAAGUUUCUUUCCAGAGAGGCUGAUGGACUGCCGUCGUUUCCGUCGCUGACGCCGCUCUGCAGAGAAACUCUGGUUCAUCACGGAAGGUGAAAGGUCAGAGUUCCUCCGGAUUUACGGCUCAUGAGAUGUACGAUGGCCGAGUUCGAAUAAACUGCUUUAUUCUGACUUGAUCUGUCUUUAAUGGAACAGCGUCACGCUUCUAUUUGACUCUAGUUCACCCAAUGUGGAAGGAGGAUCAUUCUAAUAAAACACUGCAUGUCAAAGCAGGAAGUGGAUUUAAUUCAGGUUUCGUCUUCAUGUUUUACAAAGUGAAUUAGUUUUUGAAUGAUGCAGAUUUAAAUGGUGAUUUUUACACAUUUUCAAAGAAUAUUUUUUGCUCCAGAUAAAAAAAGCAUCUUUAUUUUAGUGUAAAAUCUCAUGAAAGAUUGUUUGUCUUAUCUUCAAUUAUGCAAUUAAACGAAAAAAUAAAUCUGAAAAGACCUUUUGACUUGAAAGUUCUUUUUUUUUUUUAAGAAAGAAGAAAUAUUACUGGUUUUAAAUGGAACUCUAAUUCUUUUGCGACUGUGGAAAAAUUGUAUUAAAAUGAAAAAUAAAUCCAUUACAUGAAAUAAAAUAGAGUUCAAUUAAGUGUUUUUGAAGUGUUAUUACAGAAUAUCAUCCGUCAGAGAUUUACCUGGAGUUCACCUGGAUUGGCCUGUUGCAGUGCAGGUGUAACCGUGACAUCAAUGCUGCUUUAGAAAUGGUCAAGUUUAGUGUGUGUACAACUAAGUUGAAUGAAGCAGUCUUGAAUUUAAAGGUUUUAGCUACGCUACGUAUGUUAUGUAUUGAUUAUUUAAAAAACCUUGGAGACACACACUACAUCAAGUCAGGAAAAUAAAAUGAUGCAAUGUGAACAUGAGUAAGCAUGAAAGGUACAUUUAAAUCAAAUUACAUUCUUCUUAUGUAAUGAAAAUCCAUGGACAUAUUAAACGUAAAAAAAAAUCUGAAAGUGUCGCAA